CGGCCGGCAUAGAGGCAACCAAGUAGGCAGUCGGCUACGCCAUUGUUGUAAAGGGCAGCGCUUGAGGCGCACGCCGAGUUCGGACGCUUACGCAGUUUAUUUUCACUUAUCACCCAUCCCGUUGCUGUGAUAUUAGAUUGUUUUAUAUUCCAUAUUAGUAACGAGGGAACGAAGCCAGAAAGAAUGGAAGACGACCAGCAGUUCUGCCUUAGAUGGAAUAAUCAUCAGAGUACAUUGAUCCAGAACUUCGACACGCUUCUCGAAAGCGGGACGCUUGUCGACUGCACAUUGGCAGCAGAGGGGAAAUACCUGAAAGCCCAUAAGGUAGUUCUAUCUGCGUGCAGUCCUUAUUUUGAGGGGCUCCUCAGUGAACAUUAUGACAAGCAUCCUGUCUUUAUACUCAAAGAUGUUAAGUUUAAAGAAUUAAAAGCAAUGAUGGACUAUAUGUACAGGGGAGAAGUAAAUAUCUCCCAAGACCAAUUGGCAGCACUCCUUAAAGCUGCUGAGUCUCUGCAAAUUAAAGGUCUAUCGGAAAGUAAAACAAGUGGUAGCAGUAAGACGGAUUCUAGGCAACAAAAGGUCGUUCCGCAAACAUCACAGCCUGACAUUCCAAUUUCGUCUUCCGGUCUUACGAUAGAAAAGAACAAAGUUCCUAGGCAGGGUGUGUCGCAAGGUCCCCUGGGGGAUUUACCUGAAGACUCUGCCAGUCCUCAAAUACCGAAGGGUUUGUCCUCUAGGGAAGGUUCCCAAAGUCCCACAUCAAGGAAAAGAAAAAGAUUUAGACGAAAAAGUAUAGGUGAUGAUAAUUCAGUAGAAAAUCACGAAGCUUCGAAUUCAAGUGACAUGCCUCAACAAAUGGGUGUUCCUGCGCUUGGAAUUGCACCUGUAGCAGAUGAAAAAUCGCAUGCAGACCCCACAGAUUCCAUUGGCAGGUCAGCCUUAAUGACGCAGCUGACGAAACCUGCCGAUGAAAUGUUACAGUUGCCGCUAGAAAAACCCGAACCAAGUGAUAAUCUCAUUGAACCAAAGUCUGAAUAUCUCGAAGAUCCAGAAGAAAGCGUCGAAGAUCUGACGCUGGAUGACGACAUGAAUGAUUUGAACGAGAUGGAACAAGAUAACAAUAGAGCCGGCCCAUCCCACGACCCCUCCCAGCAUCCUGCAGGUAUAGGUGCGUGGCACGUUACCGGUGACCGAAGUAACGCGGGAGGAGUUGUGGGCUCGGUGGCAGGAGCUCCCGGAACGACAGAUGAAGUCUUUCUAGCAGCUCAGGAGGCCGCGCAGGCCCAUCGCGACUCUCAAGUACAGCGUCAAAGCAGACCCGCUGACAAUCCAAAGAGGUUAACAGAGAGACAUUUUCCCUCAUUCUAUGAGCCAAAAAAUAGAAAACGAAGAUGUGUCGUUUGUAGAAAAAAUGAUAAAAGAUCCGAAUCACGAUAUGAGUGUAAAGAUUGCAAUGUUGGCUUAUGUAUAGAUCCUUGUUUCAAAAUAUAUCAUUCAAAAUUAUGUUACUAAUCUUUACAUAUUAAUAUAUUAACUAAUUUACGUUUCGUAAACAAUUAUAUUAAACAUUUUAUCGUAAAGUCUUGUAAAUAUGUAAUAUAUUACCUGUAAUUUUGUAAACUUUUUCAUAUUAAAGAUGCAAAUUAUACUUAUCAUAUUGGAGCAAAGAUUGUUUUAUUAUUGUUUUAUUCAGCAAAGUAAGACGACCUCGUUUUUUUGGAAGAUUUUAUCACAAAAAUGUGAAGCCUUUCGGUGGUCAGAAUGUAUAAAAUUCUUCUAGUUCUCUUUAAUAAUAUUCUCUUCGCAAACCUUCUAUCUGUUUUUUUUUUCAAUAAAAUUAUUAUUUCCCUUUAAAGAUCGUAUUUUGUACAUGAGGGAUCUACUAUUAUCAACAAAUUUUAACAGUAGUUUAGCACAAUACAUAUUUAUAGAGAUAUAUAUUUAUAGGGAAGGGAAAGGAUAAAAGCUAAGGACAGAUACGAGUGAAUAGAAUGAGUAAGUGAGUGAGUGGAUAAUAGGGAUAAUGAUGUUGGUGGAUGGAAGGUUCUUGAGAGCAGAUGCAAACGGCGCAAACAGAUAUGUUAUGUUAUUCAUAAUAAUUAUUUAUAAAUAUAUAUUGAUGUAAAUUCCGCAUAGCAUGGAACGUGGUUUUUGCACCCGAUAUUGCGUUCGAUUCUAUCCUAACCAAAUAGCACGCCAUUAUAUUUAAUUUGACCUAGAUGGUCGUUUCAACCAUCUGUCGCAACACGUACCUUUGUGUACUUGGACUCCCGGUAUUUUUGGGGAGAUACGAAACGAGCUAUCACAGUUUGAUCGUUUCAAGCUGCGAUCUUGGCUCAAUGAUAUUCCAUUCUCCACGUUAACGCGUGCGUAGGUAAAGCGAAAAGUAGAGCCGGCGUUGCGCCACGUUAUUUGCAGUGCGUAGAGUAUCUUUUCUGUAAAUGUUGUGGAAACAAAUAUAUAUAUAUUUCGGUAGAAAGGGUAAAGGUAAACACGCAAUGUUGACUGGCCAAAUGACAUUACCUUCGUUUCUAUUUUGCUUUAUUUUGUAAUAUAGAACGUAAACGUACGAAAGCUAUCGAGGCUUUUUUUCGGACAAGAGAUAUCGCGUGUUUACCUCUGCUGUCGAAACCGAAAUCAAACCCUCGUAUCCUAAAGGAAAAGAAAAUACCCAUUUGUAGUUGUUUACGUGUUUUUUUUGUUGGCCGUAAGAUAAAAAAAGUCCAUGGAGAUAUAUGGUAGUAUAAUGUGUAAGGAAAAACAAUCGGACGAAAGAAGGGAUUGAUGCGUAUUCGUGUAUCCACCGCGCGUAAUAAUGAUGCACACGAGAUGAUGUCAAAUUGGCUGCGUUUCUCUCGUGUACAUUUCUUCAUUGCGACGUAAAGCCAAUCGUUAUGCGCGUGUGCAUUAGAAUUUCUUUAAUUUUGCGGUUAACCGGAUACGUCGGGAGAAAUGUGUACGUAAUUAGCAGUAUCGAAGUAACUCAACGUUAUUUUUCUUUUUUUUUUUUCACUUGCAUGAACGGAAGGAUCCGAUAUGUACAUCUCACUCAUUUUUUACUAUCAUUGUCGUGUUUUUGUUUUGUCGCGUUAUUAUACACACGGUUGCUUCUACAUCGUAUUUUUAACGGCACAAUGAGCGCACCGGUUGGCAGUGCGUCGUCGAUUGACGGACGUGUUCUCCGGUUGCACGAUCCUCGCAUUGGAAGCGCACGGCGUAUGUUCGAAAGGUUAUCGAAUAUUUAGUUACUCGUUCUCGUGACGAAGAUGAACGUCUCGUGAAUACGGCGAUGGGAUAUGUUUUUCCUUCUAUUGGAACACGAUAUACGUGUGUUCUUUCCGCACAUUCAAAUCUGUAGGUCAGUGUAACAUCAACGAUCUAAAAAUCAAAACAAAAAAAGCACGUGUUCUUUUGGUAGCCGUGGCACGCGUGAUACGCGCUGCGCACGUAUUCGCAUAAAAGCAUGUGAUACACAUGCAGCGUUGAAGUCACGUGUCGUGUGAACGCGCGUUUCACGCGUGUCCAAUCUUUUCCACGCGUAUCGAUAGUGUGUGCGUAUUUGUAUGUGUCUGCUGUAUGCAUUUGUAUGCUGCGUGCGUAUACAUGUGUAUAUGUAUAUGUAUACACGUAGCGUACAUAAAACAUGCAUGCAUACACAGGUAUACGUACAAUACAUAUAAUACGAUGUGUGACUCAACGUACUUUUUCUUUAUCCAUCCGUGUAUGCGUACACUCGAUAGUUCUCAAUCCAUUGCGUUGUGCCAUUUUUUGCGUAAUUCGUCUUGCAUGCUACGCUUCCUUCGGUAGUGUAAUUACGACUCUUUAACUUUACGGAGGUGAGCGAGCGCGAUGCGUACUCGUUGCGUGAAAAAUCUUGUGAUUUGCCUGCAGUCAACGUAUUUUUCUCGUGGGUAGUUAUGUAUAUAUACACACACGUACAAACGGUGGUGGUGCUCAUUUUGCGAACGUAUGUCUUCCUUUCUUGCAUUUCUACGAUAAUAUGCGAGGUAUACUAUAGUACGAGGCGUACGCGCUUGCACACGUUCCAUUACAUUUUGAUUUUUUUUUUAAACUAACCCAUGUGUACAUAACUUGCUUCUUUGUUCGUAACGCAUAUAAACAUCAAGUAUUUAAUUAACCUGAUUUAAAAUGCAUAUUUUACAUGUGCGCAUGUAUGUCGUGUAUGUACAUGAUACGAACGUAUAUCGUGUAUUUACUUGCGUGCGUUAUAUGUAUAUGCAGAUGUGAGUUUAUAUAUACAUAUAAAUACGUAGCAGGUACAUGCGCGUAUAUGUCUGCAUGUACAUGCAUACGUACAUUCACACAUACCUACAUGUAUACGUAACAUUUAAACAUACAUCUAUUACACAAUGUUUUCCACUCGAUAUAUGUACUAUUAUCAUAUAUCUAUACUGCGUAUGGGAACAUUUAUUUGUAUACAAUUGUUAAUACUUUUUAUGAUGUUAUAUUUUAUGGCAUUCGAAUUUCGUUGUACUAUGCCAUGUGAUUUUACGAUGUACGUUGUUGCUAUCGUUUUACCUUCCAAGUGUUUAGGCCAUUUUGCGAAGAGAAUAAAUAAGUUAAAAGGAAGAUCGAAGCAGCGAGAUACGAGAAGUUUUUUUGGUCACGAUCGAGCGAUUUCUCGAUCGAGACGGUAAACGCUCGUUCAAACUCUGAUAGUGCUAAUGCUACGGAAGAAGAGGAAAGAAAAACCAAUGUACUCUUUUUGUGCAUUGGUCGGCUUCAUGAAAUGUGUUUUCGUUUGGCCUUUUGCUACGAAAAUGCUUCGGUUCUUAAAAUUUCGACAAAGUAUUACGACGGUAUUACUUUAUUGCAUUUUAUAAUGAGCAAUACGCGGAAAUACGCGUGAAAGAUGAAUUUAGUGCAUGGUAAAAUUUGGCUCGUAACAAAUCGGCUUUAUUUUCCCGAUUUGUGCGUUGACCAUUACCACCAUGCCGUGUGUUGUGUUUCCACAUACGAAUCUAACGAAGACGAAUAAAGAAACACCAGAGGAAAAUAUUGUAUAGGUUGAACAGGUAACGUGAUGGUAAAGGUAUUAAUAUCUAGUCAUAUGAUAGCACGAUAAUAUAAACAAGGUAAUGUUUCAUUGAUAUUAGUACGUAUAUUUCUAUGUCAUGUGACAAUUACUGUUUCUGUAUUUAUAUCUUCGUGCAUACCGCUCGUACAUUUCAAUUGUUUGAUAUAAAAUUUCUACAUACGUAUAAUUUUUAUACGUAACAAGGUUUUCAUUUUGCUGUUGCUGGAUUCAAAUUAAUUUGUGGUAAGAAGAUUAAAGCCUAUAUCUCAGUACCAUCAUGAGUUUGGUAUAUUCGUUGUACUAUAUCGUAACGAUGCGAGAUAAAAAUUUACGUUUCUGAUGUGAUAUACACAUAGUUACAGCAUUUUGUAGCGAUGUGUUCGUUAUUUUAUGAUAGUUCCUUUGAAUGGGUAUGCUUAUUUGAUAUGUGCAAAAGAUACCCGCAGUUCAAUUUUUCACAUAAUGUUAUUUUGUUGUCUCUGAUAUAUUGAAUAACUGUAUCUAUCUUAAUGAAUCAAUUUAAUCAUUCUUUUUAAUUAUUCCUACACGUAUGAUCAGAAAUUUGUAAGAAAUCAUUUUUCUGACUCUUUUUAUUUAUUCAGCUGUGAUAUGUGUUGGUGCUGUGUUCAUGUUUUUCGAUUGAAGAAGAGGAGGCCAAGGACUAGUUUUAUGAAAGAUUUAUUCGAUGUAAGAAGACGAAAAGACGUUUUGCUGUAUGCUUUUAUUUCCGAAAAUUUUCCAUUUGAAAUUUUUUGGAAAUAGAAACAGCUAAGCAAGUAGAAUUAAUUUUACUUGUGAAACUUGAUAUUGUAGAAGUUUUGGGUUUAGAAGUAAUUUUUCUUUUUUAAUUAACCGAGUUGCAAUUUCAGUUGCGCGGUGUUCAAUUCUGCUGUGCACUGUUUUAAAAAGCAGUUACAGUUUCAUGACCAUUGAAAGAUAUCGAAUUUGAUAUCUUUCUCGGCGAGAGAAAAGCGAAUGCGACAAAUGUGUUAUCGAGUUUUCCAGUGUUCACGAUAAAGCAUAUCGGAUAUUGAAAUCACCGGAAAGAUUUCUCAACUUCGUGGGAAAAUCGCUAUGUUCAUUGACAAAAAGGUGGUAUGAUAAUUUUAAUAAUGUUUCCCUUUCCUUAUUAAAUUAAGUCUAACUGCAGUUAGAUUCAUAUUUGUUAUUUCAUACUGUAUAUUUAUACAUCGUGUUUCUUCCUUUCCCUACAUAUGGCUAUAUUUUUGCAAUCAAGCUUUUAUGUGAUUCUUUUACUGCUCACAUUAUGUAAAUGUCUUGUUCUUAGCAUUUUAGGUUAUUUGAUUAUGUUCAUUAUUGUUCAUGAUUGACGAUUUUAUACGCAUUAUUUUCGUUCAGAACACUAAUGAUCGUUGGCUUUGUAUAUCUCCUAUUAUUUAUGUAUUCUCGAUUGAUGGCGAUUUCUAUUUAUUCUAAUUGAUAUUCAUUACCACCGAGUUUAAGGUAUUGAAUAUUUAUAAGCACAUUAAUGUUGCUCUUUCAACUCUGAAUAAUUUGAAGCGUUGACGCAACUUAUGUACCUUGCAUAACGUGUGUACGUAACUCGAUCGAUGCUUAUCACUACAAUAAUUUUCUGUAGUGAUUUGAUCCCCGUGAUCUUGUUGUACUUUGUCGGUACAAACGCACUUACAGUCUUGUUCUUAUUCUUUAUGACAAUGCAAAUUUUCAGACUUCUUUGUCUGCUUGGUAAUUUGGUAUUCGAAGACGAAAGUAGAGGUGGUGGCACUUGACGGAUUUGGAGCUGUGGAAAAUUCGUGUCGUGUGAAGACAAGUGCAAGAGAAGAACUUAAGAUGUGCAGUGUGCGGUAAACGCGCGUGUGACGUGUUCAGAAGCGAUCGAUGAAAGUUCACACAGGUUAAGUAUUUAAUCUUGCGUGUUGUAUCGUCACGCAAGAUGCCUUACGUUUCAGUAUGCUUUAAUAUAGUAGUACUUUUCGUAAAAAUGAUUGCUUGAAUACUUAUUACUUGAAUUGUUAAUUCCUGAUCCGUUGUAAACAAGUGUAUUCAAACAAUCAUUUUUAUUGUAGUACGAUAUAUAUAAUAUAUAUACUUGCGAUUAUUAUAACACUUGGUCACGUUAUAAAUUUGUAUUAUCUUUCUUUGCAAUUAUUAUUCCGAGGAUUACAACCGAUAUUUACGUCUUCGCUGGAAAAAUUACAUCUCGUUAUCUUUUUAGUCCAGAUAAAAUUAGGAUAUAGCAGGCUUUUAA